AGUACUUUCUAUUUUAAUACGUGGCUCAUACCUGUCGAAUUUGAUUGAACGAUUUAUUAACUUUAUAAUCAAACAACCGUUUUAAUAUUUAUUAAAGUAUUAAAGAUAACAUUCAACACUAUACAUUCUACGUAGAAAACAGCGUACAAGGAAAUAUUUACUUGCACCUUUAUAACAGCACAGUUGGGUGACGUAGAAUCAGAAAAUGGCGACCACGUGGCAGCAUUCGGAAUCCUUCGCCGACACGAAUCUUAAGAUGCUUGAUGAUGAGUAUUUGUGUGACGUCAUAUUAGCUGCCGGAAACGACCACAAACGUCUGAAAUGUCACAAAUUCAUUCUUGCCAGCCGCAGUCCGGUGUUUCACACCAUGUUUUGCGGCGCAUUUGCUGAGUCAAGUGACGUCAUUAACAUACCGGAUAUCGAAGAGCCUAUACUGAGGAUUCUAGUAAGGUAUUUAUACAGCGGCAAAGUAGACCUAACCGCGGACAUUGUAAUGCCUUUGAUGUACGCUGCAAAUAAAUACGAUAUUUCUGGAUUGGAAACCACCUGUGAGUUGUUCUUGAAAGAAAGAAUCGAUCCAAAUAAUGUAUGUAUAAUCUUGGAUCAGGCCACACGUUUUAAUUACCAGGGUUUAAAACAACAGUGCUUAGACUUUAUAAAAAAUAAAUCGAAAUGCGUUUUAGAAUCUGACGCAUUUGUUGAAAUGUCAGUGGAGGGACUGAAAGAGGUUCUAGAAAUGAACAGAAUGUUGUGCAGUGAAAGUGAAGUGUACCUAGCAUGCAAACGAUGGGCUUCAAAGAGGAUUGACUCUACUGAAAAGCAGGCGAAAGGAGAAGAAAUUCGGAAUACACUGGGAGACGAGAUUAUCAACCUUAUCAGAUUCCCUAGCAUGACUUCUGAAGAGUUCACGGAUUUUGUGUCGAAUGAUAAUGUUCUCACUAAAGAAGAAACACUCUCCGUUUAUCAAACAAUAAUAAAAAAGAAAAAUGUCUCAAAGUUUAAAAACGAAACUAGGGGAAUGUCGACCAAACCGUACCUUUUUGUCAGAAGUUUGAGUGUGGGUAAUGGUUCUGGUAAGAACUCGAGGUUUCUUCGUAUGGCAAAUGGUCUCACUUUUACAGUUUCGUCUGAAUGUGCAAUAACAGGUGUUAAUAUGUUUCUGCCUGUUUCAGAAGGUUCUGCGGAAUGCGUAAUUGAGAUUGUGGAGGGUUCUAGAAAAAUACAUUCACAAAGCGUUCAGCUGUGUCACACUCCUGGACUGACACACAAACUUGUCCAUCUGGACAAACCUAUUCAUCUUAUUGGUCAGCAGGAAUAUUCAAUCACACAUACAACAACUGGAGUAAGACUUUAUUCAUGCACUUCCAGUUUAGCGCAAAUAAGCAUUCAUAAUGUGACAUUGACAUUGUUCAACUUAAAGGUCGAAACAGGUGGUGUCGGAACAAGUGAUGAUGGAACGACCAUUUGCUGUCAACAGUUUUACGGGUUUGAAUUGUCAAUACAUGCAUUUGACUAACAUGUAAGCCAUAUUCAUGGUAGUCGUGUAUUUAUAAAAAAUAUUCGAAAGUUACCGAAAAAUAUAUGCGUAAAAGGAUACCAAUUAAUGACGUGUUCGUUCACUUCUGUAUCGAGAGUACCAUCAAACCUACGGACACGUGGAAAAAGUAAACGAGAAGACUUUUACGCAGUCACUUCAUAUUAUGGAGCACAAACAUUGCAAGUUUUUUAUUAACAUGAAGACGCUUAAAUAUUCAUAACUGUAAAUCAUUUGUUUGUACAGACCAAGAAAUUGUAACAUUGUAAAACUGUUUAGUUCAUGUAUGUGUUGCCCAGACAACAUUAUAUUAUACUACUAGAACAUAUGGUGAUGACACACUAGUGUAUGUAAUAUGUGAUAUGAUAUAAUUACAAUCACGACAAUAUA